ACUUCUCGUCACUUCUCAGUUAGCUGACAACGUAAGAGGCCGCAACCUAAUUUAAGAUUACUGUAAAGCACGAGAGAAACUGUAAGAACUUUUUCUUUUUCUUCUACANAAAAGGUACAACAAAACUUUGUCACCGAGUUAUAUGAGAUAAAAUUGCGCCAAUAUUAGUUACUGCAUCAUUCUGUAGUUUUUUGGAUAUUCCGCAUUCUAUAUUUUGUAUAGAAAGAAUAUUAUAACUGUGUAAGUGAAUAAAAUUUUUUUUAAAAACUAACAGAGAUUACAAAUCUUACAUUGGUGGCAGCUGUGCGGGAUAGAAGUGCAAAUAGUGAAGUCCGAAUUUUAAGAAAUUUACUAGUUUUACUAGUUGAUUGGAAAACUGAAAUAUGAGCGCACUACUAAUUCUGCUUAUCUUGACUGUUUUGUUUGUUGGUCUAAAGUUGCGACAGUCACGACGAAACUGUCCACCAGGUCCUUUUCCUUGGCCACUGAUUGGAAAUGUGUUGUAUGUGCGCAAACUGAUCAAAGAACUCGGUGCGCAUUAUCUUGCUUUUGAAUAUCUUAGCAAGAAAUACAAGAGUAAUGUAAUAGGUUUGCAAUUGGGUACUAAUGUAGUUGUUAUCAAUGAUUCGAAGCUUGUGCAUCUUUUGCAAAAAGACGAGUUUAAUGCACGCCCGUGGAACACAGUGAUCAAUGUGCGAAACCCGGGAAUAAAAAGAGGUCUCUUUACGAAUUUCGGUUCCGAGCACAAAGAAUUGCGCGCGUGGUCAUUACGCACAAUGAGAAACAUCGGAUACGGCAAACGCACGAUGGUAGAUUUUCUUCUGAACGAACUUCAGAUCAUUUUAGAGAAAUUGGAAAAAGGAAAUGUACGAUAUAUGAAACCUGUAAUCGCACUUGCCACACUCAACACGCUCUGGUUGUUUAUCGGUGGAAAACAUUGUUUUGUUAGCGACGAGAGAGUGCAGUCAAUUUUGCAUUUGAUGGAAUGUCGCGCGAAAGUGUUCGACGUGGUCAAAGGAUUAGUGUCAUCAGUACCUUUGUUACGUUACAUCGCACCCAAUACGACAAGAUACAACAUUUUAUUGGACUUGAAUUUGAAGGAACAGGUCACGGAUGUUGUAAUGGAUUUUAUUAAGAUACACAAAGAGCGAUAUCAGAAGGGGAGCGAGACGGACUUUAUAGAUUGGUUUCUUCGCGAGAUGUCGGAGCACGGGGACAAGAAUGAACAAUCUGUGUUCGAGGAUAACAAUUUGCGUAUCAUUUUGGUGGACUUUUUUAUUGCCGGAACUAGCACGACGACGCCGGUUUUAGAGUUCUUAUUUUUAGAAAUGGCCAAUCACCAGGAUGCACAGCGCAAACUGCACGAGGAAAUCGAUCGAGUGAUCGGUCCCGACAGAUUUCUUGAUAUGACCGACAGGAGUAAAAUGAAUUAUACCGAGGCUGUGAUAAACGAGUGCAUUAGGAAAUGGAUAAUUUUUCCGGUGAUACCUCGAGUAACGGUCGAGGAUACAAUAAUCGAGGGCUACAAAAUACCGCGAGGUACCACAGUAUUGUUUAACAUGGCGUCUUUAAAUCACGACGCGACGCUAUUUCUCGAUCCGAUGUCGUUCAAGCCCGAAAGAUUUUUGAAGGACGGUAUUUUUGAAGUAAAUGAAAACUUAUUGUUAUUUGGAAAAGGGAAACGACGAUGUCCUGGAGAAAUACUCGCCAGAUCGGCGCUGUUUUUCUUUUUUGUUGGCGUGAUGCAAAAGUAUCGGGUUCUUCCGCCGAACAAUGAAGAUUCUAUUAAAAUAGAAGUAAACAUAGGAGUAGCGGUCGAUCCGAAGCCUUAUGAACUGCUAAUCGUUCCACGAUGACUUCGUUCAUAGUAACCGAGUAACUGUAUAUUAUAAAAGUUAUUGUUCUAAACAGUCUUAACAUGUUGAAUU